AUGAUAGCAGUCAGCACCUGUGCAUUGCUGCAGGUUGCCCAGGAAGAAGGAGCAAUGCAGCCAAUUCGGGUGCCAGAGCGUUACAUCCAUCACCACAACGGACUCAGACAAGCUCCUGUGUCUAUUCACUCAAAAGGACUAAGUACUGCCCUAAUGACAGCAAAGGGGAAGAAGAAGAAAACUGAAAGACGAUACACAUCUAGUAUUAAGAAACAAGCCCUUUCCACGCGGCUGCGGAGCCGAUGGCUGACGUACUUCAUGGCCGUCAAGUCCAAUGGCAGCGUCUUUGUCCGGGACUCCUCCCAGGUUCACCCCCUCGCUGUUCUGCUCCUGACCGAUGGGGACGUCCACAUCCGUGAUGACGCCACCAUCUCGCUCAGUGACAGCGACCUGCUGAGGUUGGAGGGUGACUCUCGCACUCUGCGGCUGCUGCGAGAUCUGCGCCGGGCCCUGGGCCGCAUGGUGGAGCGAAGCCUAUGCAGCGAACUGCCCCUCGAGGUGCAGCAGGAGCACGGGCAGCUGCUGGCCCUGCUGGCGGAGCUGCUGCGGGGGCCCUGCGGCAGCUUUGACGUGCGCAAGGCGGCCGACGACUGAGCCCCGCUCUGAGGGCUGUGUACAGAGAGCAGAUGUU